UUAAACACUUCACGUCCAGCCGUUGUAUAUAAACGGCCGGACGGUGGCAGUGCAGGGGCGGGUGGCCCUCCAGACACCGUGGAACACCAAUCGUUGUACGGGACCUCUGUGCAAGGUCCCGAUAAUGUGAUCACUGAUUGGCCAAUCAGUGAUCACAGCUGAUGACAUAUCACUACACCGGCCCAUUGCCAGUGUCAUGUGACCGCUAUGACCAAUCACAGCAGAUCACAUCAAUUGUAUACAAUGGAUGGCUUCCCGUCAUGCCAUCCAUUGUAUACAAUUAUGCUGUUAACUGUGACUGGUCAAGGCAGUCACAUGAUAGAGACCGGGCCAAUCACAGCUCAUCUGUAUCAUGUGAUCAGCUUUGCCCAAUCACAGCUAAUCAC